CCUCAUCUCUACGCCGGUUAAAUACUCCGUGCUCAUGUAAAAGAAAUUAUUCAAAGUUUGCAUAUACACGGUUUAGAGCGGUUUUAAGCAUCAGUUAAGUGCUAGAAUAAUUUUGGCUUGCAAGGUAAUGGCUGAGAGAGGCGCAGUUUUUAAAUCUCAUUCAUCGCAGCCACUCCUGGCCAAGGAAGCUACACGAAAAGAAACGAAAGUGAAAAAGCCAAAACAUAAGCGAAGAAAAACCCUGGAUAGCUCAGAAAGAGAAGAGAAAAUGGCGGAUAAAGUCCCAAGACCCAUCGAGAUUUCUAAGCCAUUGAUUGAAACUCUUGAGCUUGUCCACUCUUUUAACAAGGGACAGUUUAUGAGUUUAGUUGAUGGAACGGCAAAAUGCUUGAUUGAGAACGCCAAAGAAAAUAGCACAACUGAGGAGACUAAAGACAAUUAUGAUACAAAAGAAAAGGAACCUGAAAUUGACAAGAAUGCUUUAUCAAACUCCAAGACCGAGAAUUUCGAAUCCGCAUUGGAGCAACAAGUCAAGGGGAAGAAGGAACCAGCAGCAGUGGGGGGUAAAAAACCCUUGACAAAAGAUGCCAAUUUAACAGAAAAUUUGAAAGAGAAAAAUAAAUCUUCGCGUAGACGAAAGAAGAAAUUAAAGAAUAAAAAGCCUCAAGUAGAGAAUGAAGGCAAAGAAAAUGUGGACAAGAAAUUACUUACUGAAGAAAAAUUCGCUUGGCGAAAGAGUCUUUCUGAAGACGAGACUGAAAACAAGAAAGAUCUCGAGAGGGUAACGGAAAGUGCACAGUCUGGGAAUGAGUUCUUAGCCGAAUUGAGGAAGAAGAAUGAAGAAUUUAUUUCAGAUCCUGAGAGAAAGGAGAGUAGAGGAAAAAAAUUCAAGCGUUGGGCAAGUUUUGGGAAACAAAGAAAAGGAAUUGAGUCGACAGGUGUCGAGACGGAAUCCACCGAUUCUAAAUCAAGCAAGGAAACAGCCGCAGAGAUUAUGGAAGAGGUAAAAAUAUUCCCAGAAAAGAUGGAACAAUACCCGGAAUUUUCUAUUGAAGGAAAUGAAAAUACAGAUGUCCAGAAGAGUGGACUAGACGAUACAACAAAUAGUGUUCAGAGUGGCAAAACCGAAAACUUCGCUGAAGUUAAACAGCGAAAACGCUCUAUUAGUUUAUCGGAGACAAGGGAAAGAUCUACUUCGUCUUCAAACGCAGAGGAGACUAAAUUGAGGCGGAGGACAGCAAGUUUUGGAAAGACUGGCAAUGUUUUUGUCAACCUAGCGACGAAUUUCAAGAGAUCGCCAGAGAAAGUAAACGAUGUAAACAAAGGCAUCGAGAGGGUCAAUCCGCCAGCUGAGGGCCUGGAAGUCUGUGAUGACGUAGUACUGGGCACAGAAAAGAAAGACGAUAAGUCAGAAAAACAUUUUUCUGAGGCAUCUGAAGGAAGUGAACAGCUGGAGCAGGGUGGCGCAGUCAUGUGCGACAAGGACUUCGAUUCUGACAAACCACGGAAAAAGAAGGGAUUUCUCAGACGUAUCUCGAGUAUGACCAGCAAGGGGUCAAAGAAAGAAGAGAAUGGAGAGAGAAGGCGAAGUGCUGAGGGUGCCAAGCUAUUGCCUGAUAAAGAAGAUGGCUUAGACAAAGAUGAAGAGGGAAAAAAUCCGAAAAGAAAAGAGAGUGUUAUCACCUUAAAACUGUCCAAGGCGUUAAAACGCAGGAAGGGAACCGAGUACAAGGCAGUCGCGUGCGAAGACCCAGAGAAAGAAGACGAUACAACUAACGAAGAAUUGGAUACAUUAGAGAGGGACAAUUUUGUAGAGAACGAAGAAAACAAUGAAGACGAUGAAGAGGAAGUCUCAGGGGAGAACGGAGGUGAUGGUAAUAUCAAGUCACAGGUGGAGACUGAAAAGAAACUAGAGGUUGAAGUUAGUAGUGAGGAAGUGAGUGAGGAGACCUACGCAUUUUGUCGAGCAUUGAUGAACAGGGUUAUCGCAGAGCUCAGAGAACAUGUAAAGCACCUCGAAGAGACUUCCAAAGAUGUAUCCGAACAGGCUCCGAAAAACCUCCGAACAGCGAACGACCACUUCGAAGAUCUAAACGAGCAGGCUACGAAGGAAGCCUACCUAAACAACGACGAAAACGCACCAUCACAAGCUAAUACCAAGGAAUUCCCGAAGUGCUCCGAGCCCACAUCGACAGAAGCUCUCGGAAAAUUGGAAAACAGCGAUUUGCAGUUAUCAGACAAAUUAGCCAAAACUGAUAAAAGCACAAAUGACAGUACAUAUGAAGUAAACAUGGAGGAAAUCGAGACUUCUUCGUUGGUGAGCAAGAUCGACGAAGUUUCACGAGAGAUCCCCGACCUACAGUCAAAAGUCUCCGAUAUAACACAAGCCUCUACCGAAAAUUUACCGAGUGAAAGUGGAAAUUACGAGCGCGUUACGAGCGUCACCGAUCUCUUGAAACCGGCGCAGGAGGAAGUCGCUCAGACUGAAAAGGAGACAGAUGUUGAGAAAGGUGCCAGGUACAAGACUGCGCUCAGUAUUGGCUCCCUGGAGAGGAGCCUAGAGGUGUCAAUCAAGACGAGCGCAAUGCUUGACGGGUACAUCUACAUUAAUCAGGCAAUAGAGGUAUCACAAGACUUCGAGCGCAAUUUGGAGAUGAUGCAGCUGCGUCGCAAGCCUAAGUGUGCGAUUAUGUAGGUUGUAGGUUAAUUAUUAAAGUUAAUUACUAAGUGCGAAUUUACAGAGAAAGCGUUCUAUAGCUCAUUGGAGCGGUGCUAUUCAAGAAAGCAUUUUUUACGCCUGUCCAAAUGUGUGAGUGUAGGUUGAUACCAAGCUCAGAGGAUUAAAUCAUAUUCUCUUGGUGCCAAGAAUUGUAAAGCGGCGUUCUUUGUCUCAUUUGUCAAAUUAUUUACCACGCACAUCCAAAGCACCAUGAUAAGCCAUUCUUGUGCAGAUUAGUGAAAUAGAAGUGUAUUAUAACUUGUAAAUUAAUUGUGCAGACAUUGAAUGUACAUUAGUACUUGCUUUUGUUAACUUUUGGUAAAUAUAAAUUAUUAUUCCUUACA